AUGGAUGUAGAGCAAAAACAACAUGAGAAUGCAUAUUGCGUAUAUCAGGAAAACUUUGAACAAACAACAGUAAGCUCCAGAGGAAGCAGCAGCAGUGCUAGUCCCACUAAGAGUCGUACCGACAGCAGCAACGGCAGUGUUAGCGGCGAAAGAAGUAGCCACUGCAGUAUCAACGGUAAUAGAAGCAAUCAUUGCGAUGAGACGAGCAAAGACCAAAGCGGGGACAGCCCAGGUGAAGACGCAGAAAAUUACAUGACAUCAUAUGAGGAAAAAGAAGACGCACAAGAGAAGUAUACCGAACACGAACAUUCAGAAAAAAACAUAACUCCUUGCACAUCAAAUUUGAAUAACUCUUUCGACCCCAUACAGUUCCAAAAUGAAUACAACGGAAAUGGCAUCGUGCCCAUGAAGUGGGAUUAUAAGAGCGAGGGAGAAUUACCACAUGGAAUUGUAUCCACCCAAGAUGGAACUCAUAACAACAUGUACAUGAGGGAGUAUACGGAAAUAAAAGGGAGUGACAAUUUGACAAAUUAUGAUAUGCCCAAGGGGAUAGAGGAAAAACAGAAUUAUCUCUACACCAAUAAUGAGAAUGGGGAGUUAUUAAACAUGUAUUGUAUUAAGGGUAAAGAAAAUGUUGAGAUGAAUCAGGAUGCUACACAGCAAAUGUCCACCAUGUUUUCUUGUGAGGAAAAUCGUAACACAUGUGCCUCGACGAACAGUGCUAAUAGUAACGGGAGCAGUACUGUGGAGGACAACACGGGUGCCCAGCCGAUUGAAAAUGUGCUAAUUGGACGAAUGGCACAGAGUGGUCAACAGGAUGAGUAUAAAGUGAACACGCGAUGUAGUGGACACAGCGGAAGCAGUGGAAAUGGGUCAACGGGACAAAAUGUAGAAUAUGCUAGUAACGAGAAUGUGCCCAUCAGCAUAAGUAACAUGCAGAACGAGGUAAAUAAUGCAGACCCCCCCACGUAUAUGUAUGAAGGACCCUACAAUGAAAAGACAUCCAAAUUUGAAAAUACCUCCUAUUAUGACAUGAACGAUGUAAGUGGAAAUAAGCUCAAUGAUUAUAUUUCGAAUAUGCAGGUUAUGAGGGACACCUUCAAAAAUAACCAUUUAAGUAACAUGGGUAGAAAUAAUUUUGAUAUGAAUGCAGACCUUGGUUCAAUGGGUUACGAUGCGGUAAGUGCGAUGGGCGGCAUGAACAGCGUAGGCAAUGUUGGAAGCCCUUCCCGUAUGAACGAUUUUGACCAUGUGAAGAAUAUGGGAGAAUGCAGCGGGAUACAGAAAAUGAUGGAAGGCAAAAUGGUUAAGGAGAUAAGUCAAUUUGCGGAUAAGGGCAACGGGAGCUACAUAAAUUUCAUGGAAAGGCCCCCAGAGGAUAAAAAUUUAAAUAAUAUGAAUUGUGUAAACAUGGACUACUACCAUAAGGGAGGUCUCUAUGGUGUAGGCAGUGACGAAUCUGUCCUUUUGAAAGGUCAGGGUGUGGGUACCAACCAAAAUAUAUUUAGCGAUGCCAAUGGGGUCCACAUGGGCAAUACCAUGAACGACACACAUAACAUCAAUAGUACGAGCACAUUGAGUAAUAUGAAUGGGGUUGGUAGCAUAGCUACCGUUAAUGGGGGUAGCAGCAUUAGCGGAAUAAGCACCCUCAACACGGCGAACAGCAUAAGUGCUGUGAGCAGCAUGAGCGCCCUGAGUAGCAUAAGUGGAAUGAGCAAUAUAAACGCAAUGAGCAGUAUAAACCCUUUGAGCGGUAUAAACGCAAUGAACGAUAAUAUCUCGCUAAGCAAUAUGAACAGUUUAAAUGAGGACGGAAUGAACAUUCAGGACAAAAGCAAAAAUGUAAAGAAUGAGACGAAUGAUAAGACUAUGUUCUUGCCAACACACUAUAACAAUAUGAUUGGUGAAAAGGGCCAAAUGAGUGAUGUGAGUGAAAAUAUGUACCGUAACAGUGUCUACAACGGAAGAACAUUGGAGGACACCAAAAAUGAAACUAGAGGCAACGGUUUUAUUUAUCCAGCCCAUAACAAGGAAAGUAAAAAUCAUUCCAACACAAACGAUUAUUUAGACAGGAGCUGUAAUGUAUCCGUUGAUGGAAACAACAUAAAUUAUGUAGCAAAUAAGAACAUGGAAAAUGGGGCUUCCUUCAAUAAUCUCUGCCAAGCGUCCCAUUAUUAUCAUAAAAAUUUUGUGCCUAGUGAAGAUCCGAAAAAUGUAAGUGCCUACCGUUCUGUGGAAAAUUUAAACAUAAAUAGAAGUAACGGACGAACUGAUAAGGGACCCAACUGUAAUGUGAACAACAUCGAGCAAAGACCGGAUAAUAACGGGAAAAGGAAUAAUAAAAAAAGGGGUACGAAAAAACGCAACACCCCUGUGGAAAGUGAAAGUAAUGCUCAAGUGACCAAUUCCUUACCGGGUGAUAACAACAGCGAGAAGAAUAAUUACACCAAUGGUAUACAUGAAGAAAACAAUUUUAACAUAAACAGCGUCAAGAUAGACGGGAGGAAUAUCAAGUUGUCAGAACUGAAUAUAAGUCAAGAUGAAUUAAAUAAAAUGAAUCUGAGCAUGAAUUCAAAUUUUACCGGCAUAAACGAAAAGGACGAAUUGUGCAAAAAUGUUUUAUAUUUUGAUAAAAAGAAUAGAAAAAUGAUUAAAAUGAAAAAGCCAUUGAAGCGAAAAAGAAAACUUAAAAAAAUUGCCAACGAGGAAAAUGAGAUUCCAGAUCAAUUCCAAUUCCAAGAGGGUAACAUUGACAAGUCAUUCGUAACACACGACCAGAAAAAUAACGAGCAGAAUGAAAAUUGGAAACCAAUUUCGAUGGACAACGCAGAACUGGUAGGAACAAAUAAUUACGCGAAAGGAUCCCCCGCGAGGCUGAAGCAGAGCGUCCACAAGCGUAGUCACAAUAAAAGCAUAUGCGGAAUAUUCACUAACCAAAAUAAGAAGCUUAUUUAUACCCCUGUUUUGAGGGAUGGUCAGGAGAAUAGCAAUUUCGUCAUGGGGCCUAGUAGCACCUAUCGAGACGGUACCCACGAGAAUAUUAUCAACGAACAUGGAGUAGACUAUCAAAGGUAUGGUUCUGGGAAUUAUAAAAUUGGAAGAUCCUUAAGUAGAGAAAAUAUAAACAGUGAGAGAAUUAUAAGUUUCCCGGAGGAUGUCAAUUCUACUGUCAUGUACACAGCCCAGGGACAUAUGACCAAGGGGCCCAAACGGGUCACGGACAGGAAGUACAAAAAAUUGCGAAUGGGCGAGAAUGCACACAUGUCGAGUAUCAACACCGGCGGAAGUAACCAUAACGAGAACAACCUUUUCCGGAGCGACAGCUUCAGUAGCUUUCCGAAUCAGAAUCCGGUAGGGGUAAAAUACAUGAACAGCGGUGCAUGUAAUAAUAACCCAUACACAGAUAACCCCAUGGCGGCCACCCCGUUUCAAGUACCGUGUAACAAUAUGUACGACCAGCUGAACCAAGCGAAUCGCACUACUUAUGGCGACCCUGUGCGGAUAGGUACAGGUGAAUAUGUCGCGAAGCGCGAUGAUAUAUAUAAGAAGGGGGCGUUUGUCUACGAUCCGAUGGGCACCAUGCAGGACAACCACGGCAACGGUCACCUGAACAGUAGCGGUAUCAACAAUAUUGAACAACCAAGCUACGGUAUGGAGGAGGGAAGUGAAAACAUUUCUCCUACGUAUUAUACAUCCAACAAUUACGGAUUUGCAAACCUGUUUUCCUCCUAUGAGGGAUACGUGAGGGACGAAUUAAGGGGGACGCUCGAAGAAGACAUGAGGAUAAAGGUCCAGGAGGACCCCAACACAGCGACCAAUGGUAUUGUGAGCGUAAAUGGCGUCAACAAUAUUGGGAGGAGUGUUGGAUAUGACCAGUCCAUUAGCAAUAGUAUUAUAAACGAUACCAGCGUAAACGGAAACGUCGGCACAGGGAAAAGGAAGUACGUUAGGAGAAGGGGAAAAGGCAAGAAGGAUAAAGAUGCACAAGAUGAUAAUGCCAUCCAGAAUGGCGAAGCAGUGGGCGAACUCCCAAGAAAAAGAAGAGGCUAUAAACUUAAGAAUAAAAUGGGUGCCUCAAGAAGAAGUAGAAAAAAUGGAGAGACAGGUGGUAUGUACAUGGGCAUUGAGGAUCCUGAAAAUAUGCCACUAGAGAAUGAACCCGUACGGUUAAAGCAUAGUGGUAGAAAGAAGGGCAGCAUGAAAAAGGGAUACAUUUUAGUGAAGCAGGAGGGAAACAAUGAAUAUUUAGGUGAGAAUAACUUGCACUCAAAUAUGAUGAGGAUGUGUAAAAAUGAGACGGGCUAUGGGAUAGUAAAUAAUAGUGUUCCAUAUGAGGGGACAUUUGGCAUGAUAGGUCAGUCGCAGAAUGGUCUGAUGGCAAAUGGUGUGAAUAUUAAAUUGGAAGAAGCCCAUGGAGAUGCUGAUUCAGCCUUAUACUCAUCAGGGGUUAUAAAUGAUAGCGCUUUCGAUGACAACGUAGAAAUGAAUGUGGAAACAGAUUUUAGGUCGAAGAGGAAGCCCAAAAGAAGCGUGAACCUAUUUAUAGCCCAGAAAAGCAAAUCCGAAACAGCACUGGAAAAAAAAAUCAAAUCAAAAAUUUGCUUAGAGGAUUACUAUAAAAAGAAUAAAGAGGUAUACAACGAAAUCGACCCCCUAGCGUCCAUUAAUGAUGUAACCUUACCGUCCAUUGAGGAUGAUUCCUUUAGUGACAACUUAACAGAGCUUUUUAAGAAAAAGGAGAAAAAUUUGAUAUGCUCCAAUUGCCUCUAUGCGUUUAAGGUUCAGAUAAGUGCGAGGAAUGAGUUCGUACAUAUUGCAGCCACUGGGGGGGAAGAAGCAGGCGGGGAUGAUCCAGAAAGGGAUAAACCAAAUUGUGCACAAAAUGAUCCACAGGAUGAUGCUCCAAAUGAUCCACACGGUGAUGCUUCAAAUGAUCAACAGGGUGAUGCACAAAAUGAUCCACAGGGUGACACACAAAAUAAUACACAAGGAGAUGCACAAAAUAAUACACAAAACGAUGAACAAUGUGAUCCACAGAAUAACUCACAAAGUGCUACAGCUAAUGCCCCGGAGAUUGAACCACAAUGGACCACGCAGGAUGACCCGAUCAACAACAACCAGAGCGACAAACGAAACGAUGAUGAGAGUACCCAUGAGGAGAUGGACCCUUGUAGUCCCGAUAACCAAUUGAACGAAAAGAACGAAGAAGAGGAUGUGGCAACCAGCUCAUCAGAUGAGAAACAAAUGAACCCACCGAAAAGUGAUAACCCCGAAACGGAUGAAACGGUGGAAGCGAAGAGCACGAGUGAUGUGAAGAAAGAACUGGAACAAAACGCAGACAUCAUUGAAAAAAUAAAAAGCUUAAAGUACCUCAAAAUCAGCACGUACAAAGAAUUAGUAGAAAAAAAUGCAAUAGUGGAAAAUUAUUGCAUGAUCACAUUUUACUGUCUGUGCGGUUAUUUUAAAUGCAUCAAAGAGGAUAAUGAAUGGAAACAAAUCACUAACUGUUAUUUCGAUGAGAAGGAUGAAAGAAAACCAAAGGCACCCCAUAUAUUUUGCACAAGGUGCAAAGAAUUACUAGUAACAAACAGAUUUCUAGAUAAGGAUAAAACGAAAAUUAUUAUGAUAUGCGAAUGCGGAAGUAGAAACUAUGACAGAACAGAUUUGAUUUGGUCCAGAAGAGGAAAUAUUAAACAAAGAAAAGCACCUCAAAUAUUAUGUGAUGAAUGUAAUUCCAAAAUGUGGGUACACACAUGGCUUGAUGACAUUGGAUCCAAAGUUAAAUUAUUGUGUAAAUGUGGUUUUAAGAAUUUCCUUAAAAAAAAUAAUGAUUGGGUUAGAAGUCCAAGGUGGAAAAAGCCAGUGCCCUUAAUAAUUUGUAAUUCGUGUCAACAGAAAAUGUACAUGAGUCAAUGGCUAAACAAUGAUGGAACCAAAGUUAAAAUGAAAUGCGAAUGUGGAUGGAAGACUCUUAUCAAAGCAGGAAACACAUGGGUUAGAAGUGAAUGGUCCAAAAAAUUACUAUGCCUAAGAUUAGUAAAAAAUCCUGAGCUUCUACAAAAAAAAUAUAACAUACAUCCUCAUAAGAAAAUUAAAUCGGAUGAAGAAGAAUUAUCCGAUAGGAAUAGCCAGAAUGGUUUAGCACUCAUGGGGAAUGAUAAUUUCCCAACAUUUUCUCCCAGUAACAUAACGAUGAAUCACCAUGAUGCUAUUAUGAGCGAAAUGUAUGAUCCGAACAAUAUGGAAAGCUACCUGGAUCACGAAAAUAAUGAUGCAUAUAACAGAAUGAGGAGCUCGGAUUCGUUUAUGAUUUCCGAACCGACAGACGGACUAUAUCUUACAGAUGAUAAUUACAUUAUUAGCAAUGGCAACAGUGGUGUUGACAGGGGUCCGAAUGAUGCAUUGUUCGUUUGGGGCGUAGAAAACGGCACACCCAUGGGCCAGGUAGUUCCCUACGAGGAUGUCAUUAUGAGCAAGAAACCUGGCACCCGAAGUCAUAGAGGCGGUCGCGGUAGUGGCAGUAGGGGUAGAGGUAAUGGGGGUCGUGGAAGCCUUGGCAGAGGAAACAUGAUGAGCGCUAAUAUUGAUAUUGGCAACCAUGUAAGUGGUAACCCUCUUUACGUAUCCCCUGACGGAGGCAAUCUCUGCGCACGCGGCAACACAAGCAGCAGAAAACCCCGAAGCGCCAAGUCCUACUGGAACUCUAAGAAGAAGGGGCAGAACAUCAGUUCCGUGAUAAAGAAAGAUUAUCACAUUGCUAGCGCAGAAACGGCCGACGGUGCACCAAACUCGUAUAAUUAUGUCCUAAACCUAAAUGGUGCAAUGAAUAAGGGGCUUGUACGGGAUGCUUAUAUUACAAACAAUUACGAACAAGGGAACACCAAAAUGGACAUGGAGUUGAACAGAAUGGCCUCCUGUACUGAUGGAGAUGCCAAAAAUAUGAACACUAAUAAGGUCCAAAAGAAAAAACCAGGAAGACCGCCACUUAACAAAAAGGAUAAGAAGGUGAAAAAAGCAACUGCGCGAGAAAAAUUGAAUAACAUGGAAAAUGCUUCUAUCGGUAAUACAUUGACUACCAUUACACCCGGUGCUUCAGUUCCUACUACAACAGCAGCCAUGACAACUGAUGCGGCAGCGGCCAAUAACUCAGCUACGUGCACAAUGAUGUAUGGUGAGAAUUCACCGACGGGUCAAAUAUAUCCAAUUCACCAAGCCAACGGAGAUAUACGGAUGGACCACAUGAUUAAUAAGAAUGGAGGUGUAAUAAUUGACAACAGAAUUAAUCACCCGGAUCAUAAUAUAAACGGCAACAGCGGAAAGUUACCAGAGUGUAACACGAUUAAUAGUCGCGGGGCUCUCGAUUUUUGCGAUGUAAAAUAUACCAAUGGAGAGGAAGGGAAACCCAGUAGCAAUGUUGGUAAAAUGUAUUAUGAGAAUCCUUAUUACUAUGUUAAUGAAUACUAUGAUAAUUCUUAUGAUAAGGGUUACUUUAACCAGCCCGUUGUAUCACAGUUUCAUGAAAAUGGAAACGGUAACAGGAGCAGUAGUAAUAACAAAAGCGGCAGUGCCAACGGUCGUAGCAGCGGCAGUAACGGAGGUGUGAGUAGUACGGACUUGUACGACGCCUACAAUAUGACGAACAACACAUACCACCAUCAGAACAAGGAGUACCCCGUAAACUACGACGUAAACGCUAUUGCAAAUCCAGUGACGAAUACAAAAUUUGUGGACAAUAAAGGCAGUGCAGAAGUUUUACCCAUGGAUAUAAAUUUCGAUAAGAAGAAAUUCAUAUUGGAAAAUAUGAAGAAAUUAAAUUUUAAUAUUAGCGAAAACCAUAUGAAUGCCCUUUUGCAAAAUAUGGACGAAAAUGUUCUAGUGGAGACGCUUUUGGGUAAAUUCGGUGACAAGGCUGUAAUGGAAAAUCGAAAAAUGGAUGACGGAGAUAUGAACCUGAAUGAGAAUUAUGCGAACCAUUUGGGGGGAGACAGUGGGUUCACGAAUAGUGGUUAUAAUUCGAACGAGUUUAACCAAGCGGAGUUCAGCUCAAACGACAUAUACACCGAUAACAGCAUGUGCAGUUAUGAUAACUACGCGGGGAAAGUGUUUGCAAAUGGGGGGUACCAGAAUGGUUUGUAUCAGAGUGCCGUUCACCAGAGUGCAGUUCACGAAAAUGGGCUACACCAAGGAGGGUCAUCCCCCAGUGGGUUCUACCAAGACAUCAUCGAGCACCCGUUUACCAAAAGCCCUUCUGCGGAAGGAGGCUCAAGAGAAAGUGACCCCAUCAGUAAGGACAACAUGAACUACGUGGUAAUGGAAAACAAGGCCGAUAAAGAACAAAUUGAAUGUAAAAAUAUGAACAUGAUGAAUGACCAAAGUGGGGCUGAUAACACGUUUAACGUACAUAUGGCAGAGAGAAAUGAUCAUGACGUGGAGGACUCCAUGAAUAAAAAUGUAAGGAGCCAAAAUGUAGCGAAUACAAUUAUGACAUGUAAAAAUAUGGGCAGAAAGAAUUCGAUGAAUAAUGGCCCAUGUAGAAACGAUUACCUAAGUAGCAACUUUUCCUAUUCGAACGAAUUGAUAGGAAAAAAGGAUAAGUACAACUUGGAGGUUAACCUAAAUUUAGGUGAACAUAUAAACGCGAAGAAUGUCCCCACCGGUUGCGAAUUGUGCACUGGUGUUAGUAACAACAUGGGCGGUAACAUGACAGGAAGCUUGCCUGGCCCCGAGUUUGAAAACCGUGUGUAUGAAAAUGACGCAAAUGGUGGCAGUGGUGGUGGCAGUAGUGGUAGUGGAAAUAAUAAUGGCGAACACGUGGCGGAUGGAAAAAAUGAUGGAUUGCUAAACAUGUGCAAUUUGAACGAAAACCUCAAGUAUUUCAACAACGAAUUUAAAGCCGCCCUUGCACACGUCCUGUCGGAUAAAGCAUCAGACGAGCAAAAAGAGAAUUUCCAUAAUUAUCUAAAAAACCUAGCCAGCAAUUUUGGCAAACUGGCCAAUAAAGAGGAUGAUAUGACAAGUGAAAAACAGCAAAACUAUAACAGUUCCACACUGUCAUGUGAAGGCCAAAAUAUAGAUUCAAAGGAUAACAAAGUGGAAAACAACAAUGCGCUGAAGGAUCUACUACUGCCAAUUCUUGCGAACGAGGGGGAAAAUGCCACGCCCAUUAAAAACAACUUUUGCAAUGAGUAUAAUUUAUAUGAGAACAUUUUAAACAUGCCAAAAAUGGACGAAAAGAUCAAGGGUGAAGAAAUGUCUGCUACUCCAUCGUAUAAGCCACAAAUGAAUGAUAUGAGUCAAGACAAAAAUAACAUGAGCGACAUGCUUGGUGUAUAUAAUUUUAACUCAGAUAAUGAGGAAAAGGUAUGUACACAUGAGAGGAAGUACAAAAUUAAUGAUUUUAUAACCGUCUGCACAAACUGCAAUGAAUAUCUUAAUUCGAAUAUGGAUUGCAAAAUUGUAUCUCCCAGUAGUUUGGAUAGCAGCAACAACUCCUCAGAGCAAAAGCUGAAUGAGCACCAUAAGGACUUUAUUAUACGUAACAGUGAAUUAAAGAACUAUGAAAAUUUCUCCUCUCCAAUGAAAGACACGAAGGAUUACAACGGGGAAAACGUGUACAGCCAGCUAAAAUUGGAUAACAACUUGCUGCUGAGCAGUAUGGAUUCUCAAAACGGGGAAAGCGCAACCGGCGUCAUGAGUAACGCGAUGAACGACUCCAUGAACAGCUCCAUGAACAGCUCCAUGAACAGCUCCAUGAACAGCUCCAUGAACGGCUCCUUCAACAGCUCCAUAAGCGACGCCAGGAACAGCAUUAGCAACAACAGUAACAAUAACAGUAGCAUGCCUAUUAUGGAGAACGUAGAGGACAUGAACCACCUGUAUAAUCAGUACUGCGAUUAUUACGCAAACAGUACCACCAUGGAUAAUAUGCAGAUGAAAAAUAAUUACGUUAACAAUCUUUUCUUUCACGAUCAAAAUAACUAUUCCGCUGCUAGCGAUAGCUGUACGAACAAUCAAACCCCGCCAAUCAAGUCAGAAAAUUUUUACUUCAGUGAGGAUAACAAAUACCGUAGCGAUUCCACCACGUACAUCCAUGGGAAGAAUACCGCCAAUAAUGUAUUGCCAUUUAAAAAAGGAACCUACGCAGAAAAUAAUUUGAACAAUAAUAAUAGCGAUGGGAAUUAUCAGGAGGGUAAUUAUGAAAAUUAUAUGAAUUCCGAGUGCAACAACAAUUCUUGCUACAACAUAAUUCACACCUGA